UAGCUUUACACCGGCUCCAGAAUCCAGAUUUUUUUUUUUUUUUUUUUGUAAAGCUUCAACAAGUUACUUACAUUGCUACGACUUGUAUUAAAAGAUCAAGUGAUUUUCUAGGAGAUUAGACUAGGGCUUGACGCAGAGCGUUUGCAAUGCUUCGAUUGAGCAGCCGAAGCGCACGCCGUAUCGGAACCUCAUACAUAUGCACAUCAUGUCUUGCCUGUCAUUCGACAAGGUCACUGACAUUCCGUCCCACCUUGAUCCCUAGUCAUAAUGGCAAUGGCCGACAUCUCUCAAGCACAUCGCGCCUUCUUGCGCCCACGGCCGAAACCUCAACGCCGAAUUCUACUGGUGCCGAAAAUAUAGAACCCCCACCACCAGAAGCGCCGAAGAAGAAGAAAAAGAAGAAGGCUCAAAAGGAAGAAAAGAAUCUCGCCGCCCAGGCUGAGGGUGAACGCCAGCUACAAGUUCUGCAAGGCGCGCUUCAAGCAUUAAAGAAUGUUCUCGCUGCGCAGAACAUUAAUGUCGACCAUAUCGGAAAGCCUGGUAAUCAGGUCAACCAAAAAGACUUAGAGCCAGAAGCAAUCCCCAAGACUAAGGCUAAGGUUAAGGCUAAGGUUAAGGCCAAGAAGACAGAAUCUGCGGACAACGAUGAAGGGACUCAAAAGUCACAAGAUUCUUCAGAGAAGAAGGAACCAAAGAAGAAGUCGAAGCGAAAAGCAUCAAGCGAAGAAGAUAUAGCGACGGCUGAUGGUGCACCGGAGCAGGCUGCAACGGAGCAGGCUGCAACUUCAAGUGGCCGCUCUAAGAAGGCUGCGAAGAGGGCGGCGGGCCGCGAAAAGCCAAAGCAGAAGACGGCUCCUAAGCUGAUCAGGAAGGUAGCUUCAAAGGCUCCGAAGGGAGAAGCCAAAUCUAAAAAAGGAGUCUCGUCUAGCGCUCCUCGCGAGCGAAUGCGAAACGUGGACAGCGCUGAUGUUUGGGGUAAUUAUAAAAUCAUCGGCGAAGAUGCAUCGGAAGCAAAAGAGUCAGAAAAGGGGACCAAGUCGAAUAAAAGACCACCUUUGGAUAUCAGUACUAUAUCCGCCAAUGAUCUACGUCCAGAACCCGUUCAUACGGUUCAUCCGUCAGUCCCGGGAUUGUCCUACGGUCUUGACAGGGUCCUGUUUAACCCCGGCGUCUAUCACUUACAAGAUCCUCGUUCCCGAGUCUACAACUUCGACCCAUAUCUCUCAGAGAUUAUGCCAAUUCAAGAAUUCGACUUCAACGCUCUGAAGCAGUAUGUGACCUCAUCUAAGGACUCUACACUUAUUGGUAUGGCGAAACAACAUGGCAAGAGAUACACGGGUUCGACCUCAAGUAUGACAUCCAUGCUUUCUCACUUCCACUAUCUCCUGUCGUCCUGGCGAGAAAUCAACACGUCAAUGCUGUCAAAGGGUUUCAACACGGAUUCUCUUCAGUUCACCAAGAUUAUGAAAGGUCCGGCGGCAGUAUUCUUGCAUUGGAAAGAUGGCACUUACGCCAUAGAUGCUGAUAAGGAAUUUGACACGGCCAAUAUCUUGAGCAUGCUUGGGAAGUCCAUGGAGAAACUUCUCACUCUCUCUAAAGAAGAAUACGAGCGGUACAGACAUACCAACUCCGACCAGAUCACCGAAGAAGAGCGAAAUGCCGAAGAAGCCUUUCACUAUACCAAAUUCCUUGAUUUCAUGAUGCGUUCUCAAUUAGAUGCGCACGAUCCAAGGGUGCCUGGGUCAGGUAUGUUUGACCUUAAGACGCGUGCAGUUGUAUCCAUUCGUAUGGAUGCGAAAGGAUUUCAGAAAGGUCUCGGCUACGAAAUUCGUAACCGAUUCGGCCAGUGGGAGUCAUUCGAACGAGAAUACUACGAUAUGAUUCGUUCCGCAUUCUUGAAAUAUUCUCUCCAAGUCCGUAUGGGUAGAAUGGACGGCAUAUUUGUCGCAUUCCACAACACUCAACGUAUCUUCGGCUUCCAAUACAUCCCCAUAAGUGAAAUGGACCUUGCAUUACACGGAACAUCGAACACCACUCUCGGCGACAGGGAAUAUAAACUCAGUCUCGCCUUACUUAAUGAUAUUCUGGACCGCGCCAGCAAGAAGUUCCCAGAGCAAUCUCUCCGAAUGCACUUCGAGACAAGGACGUCAGCGAACGCGCCAUUCAUGUAUAUCUUUGCAAAGCCAGUGUCCCAGGAAGAUAUUGAUGAGGUUCAAAAUGCUAAUAGGGCGUCUAUUGAAGCAUUUGAAAGGGAGGUUCUUGGUUUAGCUAAAGAGGAGGCAGAAGCGGAAGCGGAAGCGGAAGUUGAAGCCGAGGCCGAACCCGAGGCCGAACCCGAGUCUGUUGAUGAAAACGAGAACGUGGUUCAGGGAGAGGUUGAGGGAAUUGAAAAACCUACCUCAUCUCAGGAAAGGUCGAGUCUGGAUGCUUGGAAUGAAGUGCGUCAGAUGGUCGAAGAUGCUGUGGAUGACGACGAAGUCGGCGUCGGCGCUGUGAGGGAAGCAAUCGAAGACGCUCUGGAACAGAGCGGGCUCCUUCACGCGAAAUCGUCCACUGAAGCGCGGGGAUAUGUUGAUGCCUUACUCAGCGCCAUUACCAAUAGCAGAUCCGCUAAAUCAGAGCCGACACUGAGCGCGCCGGUCGAGGGAGAGGCGACUGCUGAUGAGGACGACCCUACUUCCACUCAAGAGAUACCGGAGCCGGAACCCAGUAGUGAGCAAUCCGUAUCUGAACCUGAACUUGAUACAGAGCAGUCACAAAUCGAAGAAACGUCCAAACACACCUCUGGCGAAGGUGAGAAUGCAGAUUCUCAACCAGAAGAAAUAAGUAUACAACAAGAUAACGGCUUAGAGACGCAACCAGAGCCUGAAACAUUUACAUCACCCGCGACUAAUGAUGAGCCUAAGAAUGCCAUAUCUGAGUUAGAUAGUCCAGCCUCCAUCGAGGAGACAGCAUCACAAGUACAAGAGGACGUCAGUACAACCAGAGAGGUUGAAGAGGAGGAGGAGGAGGAGGAAGACCAGGAAGAAGACGAAGAAGAAACUGAGGAUAUUGACGACGAAUUGGAGGAAGAGGAAUCGAAGAGAGAUCUCAAUGCGGCUUCGUCUAUGUCGCCGUUGAAAGAUCUCAUUGUGAGAAUGACCCAAAGGAUUGACGAGAGGGCGCUGUCUGAUCAAGCGGAGGGCUCUAUAGACGACUCGUCCAAACUUAAAGAAUUUGAGCGAAUCCUCGGUCAGCUCAUUGCCCGCUCCAAAGAAGAACAGCUCGAACCUCGAACCGAUGGCACUAGUUCUAUCUCAGAGGCUCCGAUAGAAUCGGCGAUCGAAGGCCAAGCGGAGAUCCUUGAGACUGGGACAGAGAAAACAGAGGAUACACAGGAUGCUUCUCCAGAGUCGGCCUCAGGAGAGACCCCAGAAAAUGCUACGCCGGCUGAAGAGGAGAUCGACCAAAAUCUACUAGGUCUGGUCUUAACGAUCAGAAACAAAGUUAACGGUGAAUAUGUGACAAGGCCGGAAAGAUUAGUUCGGUCUGAUGAUUGGGUUGUGGAGUACAACAUCGAGGAGAUCGCGGCCAAGCGCGCCAAUACCAUCUACCGACAGUGCCAGGCGAGGCGGCGAGGGGUGUUUGAGGACACGGGCAACAAAGAAUCGCAAUGGUACAAGAUGUUCCGCGGCAGCCUCGAGGAACGCACGAUGGCUGGUCGUAGGUUUAGAGCCUCGGAGACCAUGAAGGCCCAGCAGCGUCCCGUCCAUGUUGUUGGCCAGGAGAAAUCACUACAGUGGGAGGAAGUAUUUGGAAAGCCGAAUCCGAAUACCCCGACGCUGGUGGAGGAAUUGGUAGGAGAUGAGAUGGAGGAGGAUGAGCAUAAUUAGGGAGGAGUAGAUGGGCCAGGGAAAAAUAAGUUAGAUCUUACGUCGGCCGUAGACUUAUGCUGUCUAUGGCGCUACAACAGACUCCAUUGUAUAUCUACCUAACAUCCGGCCAAUGGCGCUAUGAAUUUAUUUUAUACGAUAGUGGGUGGGGGUGAUUUGGCAUAAAAAAGUAUGGGUUCGCGAGGGGGUUAUAAAAGUCUUCGGCUAUCUCCCGUGGUGGCUGGUAUGCUACACUGCGUGGAAGCAGUCCGUCUCAACUCUGUACAUUUAACGCUGUAUAUAUGACGUGUAUGAAUUCACAUCCCCGAGGACUCGUUAACGAUUAGGUUGUAGGUCAAUGAUUGUUCUGCUUCACCUUUAUAUUUACGCACUUUAGAUUUAUAUAUUUAUCCCAUAUCCCCUCUCUAAAAAUGUAUACUUACUAGCUAUCUAUAUCAGAGUUAUAAGCACAUAUAUAUUUUGG